GGCAUGCACUUGACUCAGUCGACGGCUGGCAGACUACCGUUAAAAAACUGAUCCCAUGCUGAGCAUACUCGUUCGCAUUUUUUGGGUUUGUCCUGAAUAAGCUUUUUACAAUUUUGCUUAUGUUCUUCUUUUCUUUAUUUACACCCCGCAUGUUCAGUUCUUCCACAGCUUGUUAGGAUUCAGAAGUGUGUAGGAGUAUACCAAAUCACUAUCAGUUGACGGUGAGUGGCAUUGGAACAGCAUGCAGGACGUUGAUAGCGCUUGGCAUUGGCAUCUGAGCUUCUCGUGCGUUCCGGUCUGCUCUAGUUGGCCUGCUCAGUCGUUGAUCCCCUCUUAAUUUUGGACAGCAUCCCGUUCAACGGUUCAGCUCCAAAUUAUGCUGGAUUAUGCGUGAUGUGUAGCGUUGACUCAUCUAAAGGAUGACUAUUGCUGAUCAUUCCCCUUGUAACGAAUAUUCCCAUUUUUCUGGAUUAGCAACUGCGGUGUCCUCUUGUUCAUGCUCUCCCUGUUCUGCUGAGUGCGGCGGUGUGGUGGGUUGCGGUGAAGAGUCGGAUGAUCUGAUUGUAGAGUGGCGUUUGCCUUCGCGAUCGCCUUUCUACGGCCGAAACAACAGGGAUCAAAGCGCACAAGUGGACGUCUCGGUUGCGUCACUCCUUGCCUGCCGCAGUAUUCUUUGGAUUUUAUUGUGCCCCGAUCAGCAGGCUGUGCCGCACAAGCCGCAGCUGCCACAGGACGGUAAUACGACCGGGCCGGGAUCGAAGGCGGGAGGAGAUCUCUCUCAUCAUAUGAAUGUAUCACAGUGGGUCCCUGAUUGAUGUGGUGGGCUUGGUACUUUCCAUAAUCAUAACUGUUUUCUGGAUUGGCGUUUGGCAUCUUCAUCUGAUCGGCAUUAUGUAUGGGAAAUGGCGGUUGCAUCGCUCAUCAGCUUUCCAGAUUCCCGGUCGACCGGCAAAACCAGUGCGCUUAAAAUCGUCCAGUGCCAAGGUCGGCCAUAAUGCAGUUGGCAGUUUUUCUGGUUCAUCCUUGUUGGAUGCCAGUGAUAACAGUCAAAACCGCACCGACUCAGCCAAACGUGAUCCUAGUCAAAUACCUGCACAGCACUCUGCAACAUCGCAUACUAUCGUUCAAGUGGAAGUCGCUGGUCAGGAGAAGGAAAACAUUUAUACCCUGUUUAGUGGCGAUCUGCUGCCCGGUGUAUCUAUCCUGAAACCACUGGUUGGCAUUGAUCAGUAUUUAAUGCAUAAUUUGGAGUCGUUUUUCGUCAUGUCGUAUCCAAAGUUCGAGCUGCUGUUUUGUGUGACGGAUGAAUCGGACCCUGCUGUGAUGAUUGUGCAAAGCCUAAUGAAAAAGUAUCCCUGUGUGGAUGCGCGAAUAUUUAUUGGUGGCGAACAUGUUGGUGUCAAUCCAAAAAUCAACAACAUGAUGCCAGGAUAUCGUGCUUCGAAAUACGAGCUGGUUCUUGUUUCCGACAGUGGAAUUUCGAUGCGCGAUGAUACGUUACUGGAUAUGGUUUACACGAUGCUGAAACCCGAAAUGGACCGGGAUCAGCCAGAAAGUCGUUUGCGCCGCCUGUGGAAUUGGCUCCGUAAUCGUGGACCUUCUCAUGGCGUCGGAUUAGUGCAUCAGAUGCCUUUCUGCUUAGAUCGAGACGAGCUGGGCUUUCCCGCGUGUUUAGAAAAGGUUUACUUUGGAACUGCACAUGCCCGCAUCUACCUGUCAGCGGAUUGCGUGGGCAUAAACUGCCCAACGGGCAUGUCAGCUCUGAUGCGCAAGAACCUCUUGGAAAAUAAAGGCGGAAUGGGAGCGUUUGGACAGUACCUUGCAGAAGAUUAUUUUUUCGCUAAAGCCAUGACCGAUCAGGGUUGGGUUGUAUGCAUUUCUUCUCAGCCCGCUUGGCAGAAUUCCGCUGUUUGCCAUCUUGCACAUUUUCAAGGUCGCCUUGAGCGGUGGGCAAAGUUGCGGUUUGCAAUGGUGCCAGUUGCCACAUUGUUGGAACCAUUCCAGGAGUGCUUAUUACUGGGACUCAUCGCAUCAUUCGCUGUAUCUUUCCUGUUCGCCCUGUCAGCCCUAGGUGUCUUUCUGGUGCAUGUUAUAACAUGGUUUCUGCUUGACUGGAUUUUGCUCAACGUUGUUCAGAAUGGGCGACUGAAGUAUAGCAAGCUGGAUUUUAUAAUCAGCUGGAUCUUCCGGGAAGCGACAUGCUUCUUAAUGUUUGCUAAGGCCAUCCUCAACCCCCGGAUACAAUGGAAAAGUGGUUUUUAUCGACUGAAAUGGGGUGGUCAUGCUGAGCUAGUUAAGACCCCGAUGGAGGAAGUCUAUGGGACACCUGUUGUGGUUAGCAGUGAUGAUCUUGUGCCAAAGAGUGCCGUGCAGUUUUCCGAUUCCGAACACACUUCCUAUGUCAGAGAUAGAUUAUUAUUAUCACAGCAAAGGGAUCGUGCGGAAACUUUCUGCAAUGAGAAAGAUAUUGAUUUGCUUCAGAUUCGUGAUUCUCCCGAUUAUUCUUCUUCCGAUAUGCUGUCGCCUCCUUCCACAAAGUCUUCGAUUAACCGAAGUCGGCACAUUCGCUCCCGCUCAUUACCACAAAGGAAUAAUAUUUUUUCGUUUUUCAGUAAUAUUUCGAACAGGUUGACCAGGUCGGGCUAUGGGGAUGGCUCCAUACGAUCAACCUGUGAUGACAUGAUGACAAACCAGUUUUCAUUCCGCUCGGCAACUGAUAGAUAUGUAUGAUCUUUUUUAAAAAUCUGGUCACUUUGCGGAGUCUGCUAUGUUGAUAUAGUAUUGGUUUUUGUGGUACAACCGUGUUUUUGGUUACGAGUAUUUAAUGAUUAUUUUUACUGGCACGAUUUGGCUGGGGACGGUGGGUGAAUUGCUUUCCAUUAAUUUGAUUGUUACCGCCAGUUAAAACUUCGAUUGUGUUUUUUCGAAUUUAUUGAUCUUUGACUAUAUUGGGUUGUUUUAUGUAUUUGUAUAUUUAACUGUAACGUGUCAGUACUGCAGUACCGCUGUCGGUAUGAGUUGUUGAUUGUUACUGACCAGUUCUUUGGAGUAAAUUUAUUUCUGUAU